GUUUGUGGAACAAGCUGAUCAGCUAGAGCAACUGGCUAAGACGUGGGGGUUCAAAACAUCUGACAUAAGACAACUGAGUAAACAUGAAUUCUUCAUGCCAGGAUUGGUUGAUACACAUAUUCAUGCCCCUCAGUAUUCAUUUACUGGUACAAGAGUAGACCUGCCUCUUUUGCAGUGGUUGACUUCCUACACAUUCCCAACAGAAGCCAAAUACCAGGACAGUGGUUUUGCAGAAGAAGUGUACACCAGAGUUGUUAGACGAACUCUGAAGAAUGGCACGACUACAGCUUGCUACUUUGCAACAAUUCACACAGAUAGUUCCCUUCUUCUCGCUGAAAUUAUAGAUAAAUUUGGUCAACGAGCAUUUGUUGGAAAAGUCUGCAUGGAUAUGAAUGACAGUGUGCCACAAUACAGAGAGAUUACUGCUGACUCUGUCCAAGAGACAGAAAGGUUUGUUACAGAGCUACUGGAAAAGAAAUACCCCAGAGUACAGCCUAUAAUAACUCCCCGCUUUGGCCCCUCCUGCACAGAGGACUUGCUGAGUGCCCUUGGGGAUUUAGCACAAACCCACGAUCUCCGUGUGCAGAGUCACAUAAGUGAGAAUGAAGAAGAAGUUAAACUUGUGGAGAACAUGUUUCCUGCCUACCAGAAUUACACUGAACUGUAUGAUAAAAACAAGCUGCUGACCAGCAAGACGGUGAUGGCUCAUGCCUGUCAUCUUUCUGAAGAAGAGCUGAAACUUUUUAGUCUUCGUGGAGCUGCAAUUUCACACUGUCCCAAUUCUAACUUUUCGUUGCGCAGUGGUGUCUUAAACGUGCGAAAGGUUCUUGAACACAACGUGAAGCUUGGUCUUGGCACAGAUGUAGCUGGUGGAUAUUCAGCUUCUAUGCUUGAUGCUAUAAGAAAAACAAUGAUGGCAUCUAAUAGCCUUCAGAUCAAUAAAGUGAAUGAAACAGGAGUAACUUUUGAAGAAGCUUUUCAGCUUGCCACCCUGGGAGGAAGCCAAGCUCUAGGACUAGAUGAUGUGAUUGGAAACUUUGAGGUGGGAAAGGAAUUUGAUGCACUGUUAAUCAACACGAAGGCUUCAGAUAGCCCUUUUGACUUGUUUUCUGCUGAUGAUUUUGAGGACGCUCUCCAGAAAUUCCUGUAUCUAGGUGACGAUCGGAAUAUUUCUGAAGUGUAUGUGGCUGGAAAGCAAGUGGUUCCUUUUUCAAGCUCUGUAUAAAUUUUCCUCUGUUUUCCUUUUGCAAAAUACUCUGCUGAUCAUUCUGCAUCUGAUUUGGAAAAGAUUGAUUAAACACAGUGCCUGAUCAUCAGGAGCGACACCUCACUUUUGGAUAAUGUUACAAAAUUUCAAACAUUGAAAAUUUUAGACCUUUCAGGAAUUACUUUACCAAAAUUUUCAUAAUUCUAGAGGGAACAGCUAUUUAAAUUUCUUUGUAAAAAUAACAUUUGAUAAGCGACUUGAUAAAUACCUUAUUUAAAGAGGACACCUGCCGCUCUGUUUAAUGAUAGUAUAGGAAGCAUUAUGUGGAACAACGAGAUGCUCAUUGUCUAUAGGAAUUUUAAAAAGCCCCAGUGCUUGUAAAUUGAUUUUGCAGGUAAUGAAUAUAAUGGAAAAAUGCAAUUUCCAUAAUGUUAUCAUCAAGUAUGGAAAAAUCAGUGUCAUUUUGGAGAAUGUAGUUUUUCCUAGGAGCUUUAAAAAAAAUAGUUUAAAACAUUAUUUUUUAAGAGGAGUUAAGUAGGUGUGUGUUUAUGAAUAAAUAAGGGUCCUUAUCAAAGAGCUUAGAAUUGUCAUUUGUAGUCAGACACUUCACUGAAUUGCCAUGAUCUGAGUGAUGGCUGAAACUUCAGUUCAAUUAGAAGCAGGCACUAAGCUAUUUCUGCAGGCUACAUGAUGGCAAACAAACUCAGAGGGGUUUCUGGACUAGAGGGAGUGCUUCAUCAAGUUCAGCAUCCUGCAGAAUCUUCCCAAACUCAUUUGCUCCUGACUGUUCAGACAGGAUGAUAGGAUGUCCGUUCUCCUUUCUGUAAGGCAAGUGAGUGCAUUUAAAAAAUUUCCAACAGAAACGGUUUCUUUCUGGCCAUUACCACCUUUGACUUGAGGUGAAAAUCAUCACUGAAAAAAGUACUCAGCUUUACUGUGCUUAUUGCGUUUUUCAAUGUGGCAGCCGUAAUUCCAGCCCUGUAUAAUUCCAGGAUUCCAGGUUAAAUAUGCCCUUUUUGUUUUGGAAAUCUGUGUGACUUCCUUUCCUAAAAAGGCAUAUUUCCCUG